AUGGCGGUUCGGUCGGCGAAGGGUGAGGCGGCACAGCAAGCGGCGCAGGAUCUCCGGGGGGCGGUGGUUGGCAGCGGGUUGGAGGGUGUGCCCGGACUUUUUCCUUUAUUUUUUCCCCUCCCGGUUCACUUCGGCGGCGACCGCGCCUCUCGAGCGACGAGCGCGGCCUCCAACGCGUUCGAGGGCCGCCUCCCCGACUCCAUCGCGCAGCUCGGCUGGCUGGUCUACCUCGCCGCGUCUGGCAACCGGCUCUCCGGCGAGGUACCCGCCUGGCUUGGCAAGCUGACCGCAGUGGAGCACCGGGACUUGUCCGACAACGCGCUGACCGGAAGCUUGCCGGAGCGCCUUCCCGUCCCAGCAUCGGCUUGUCUCCUCCUCGGUUCCUCCACGGCUCCACCUCCCUGCAAGGCUGAUAACCUUCAAACUGCCGUCCACACGUUGGUCUUCUUUUCUUGGGAGGACGGGAGUACAGGACACGGGAGCACACAGCUCGGCGCCGGCGUUCAAAGAUGUCAUCGCUUCCACCUAGAGGGUGGAAGCAAUUCUAGCAGAAUUGAGGCUGUUUCUCCAGCAGGGCCUAUUGAUGUCGAUGCAGCACCCACUCCUGCUGUCCUAGCUGCUGUCCUUGAUCCAGUAGGGCACUAUGGACUCCGUCUUCAUGAAAAUAACAGGUAUCUGAGAGCUCUCGAAGAGGCAAUUGAAAGGUUAGCUGUAUCGAUCGACAGUGGGAUUGACGCAAUAAGACAAAUCCAUGCCUUUAUAUGCUAUGAGGGAAAGUUCGAUGGAAAAUUAGCAAGGGGUGCCAUAGGCAAAAUGGCAGCAGCAGAUUGGUGGGUAUUAUUUGGCGGUGAUACACCUGAGCUACAGAAGUAUGUCAUUCGUAUUGUUUCACAGUGUGUCUCAUCUAGUGGGUGUGAGCGGAAUUGGAGCACUUUUGCACUAGUUCAUACCAAAGUGAGAAAUUGUCUUGGUUAUGAGAAGUUGCGGAAGCUUGUGUAUGUACGCCACAAUUUAAAGCAACGUCUCAAGCAUGCUGGUGUAGGAAAAAAUCAAACAAAAGAGAAAGAGGCUGAUCCAUGUGCUAUGUUGAUCGAUUGCACAUUAUUUGAUGAAUCAAACCCAAUCAUGGAUUGGUUGAAUGAGCCAAGAUUUGAAGAUGAUUUAUCUCUUGAAGAAAUGCUUGGUCAGUCAAAGAAGAGAAGAAUUCUUGCUUUACAGAGGGCUUCUAGGAGGAAAGGCAAGAGGGCUGUUGAACAUGAAGAAGACAUUGUAGAAUCUGAAAAUGACACAGAUGAAGACAGUCCACAUGGCAGCCCCAUUUAUGCUGAAUCUGGUGAUAGCAGCUCUUCAAAAGACACAGACAAUGAACUAGAGCCUGGGGAUGGUGAUACUCUGGCCACACAACAACAGUUUGAAGAGCAAGCAGAUAACAAUAAUGGAAGGGCAAAGCGUCCUAGGAAGAAGAGGGUGUCAGAUUUUCUCUAUUCUUAAAUGUGUAGUCUUGUCUCACUAGAAUUGAACUUUGGACUGCUCUGAAUUUGAACUAUGGACUUGAUCU